CAAGAAUUAAUAAGCUUGCCAAAAUAUGCGAGACACUCUUGACUCGUUCUUUUUUAGUCUUCUCUAGGGCUAACUUAAUUAGCCAAAAAAACACAAAAAGGGGAACGGGAGGGACCCCGAUUAAAUUGUUUACAGAGAAGCGAAGAUAACCCUAGAAACUGGAAAAACUGAGCCAACUUUGACCUAGAAACGGAGGUACGUUUAUCAAUUUGUCUGUCCUUCGUCGGUGGUUUUUAAUUUCUUCUUAGAUCCAUUUCCAUCGGUUCUUAUUCUUCGGGUGCAGAAAAUCUUUUGCCAUAUUCAAGGAUUUCUCUCUCUAAUUAUCUCGGUUUAGAUUCAACAUUUUCGUUAGUUGCCGCUGCCUUUUCUGUUUCUAUAUUGUAUGAGACUGAAUUCAUAUACGCAUAUAUAUUAUCUGCGUGUAUGUGUAUGUGCUUGUAUGUAUAUUGUGUAUAUUUGUAUUUGUACAUGUUUGUAGUUAUCGUUAAGCAGCCUAUGAUAUUUUGGAUGUGUUAAAAAUGGAAGUCAAAAUUUUAAUUUUACGGUUUUUUGGAUGCAUUAAGAGAACAAAUUGAAUGAAGAAUAUCAUAAAAUUCUACUCACAAACCAGAGUGCGAGGGAAAGAAUGAAAACGAGGACAAGCCUACAUGGUCAUAACAUUGCUUUAGUUUGGUGCUUAUGUACUGUGUUUAGUGUUUUUACAUAUGUUUUAGGUAAGUUGAAGCUGAUACAAAGAGGAGAGUUGAUUGGAAGGGAAAGCACUAGCAAACUGCAGGCUGCAUAUUUCAGAAAAUUUCUCCUCCUUUAUUGUGUUAUUCACUGAAGUCUAUUGAGUGCAUGGACGAGUAAAUCUGCAGAUUUUGAAGGUAGUUGAACUGGCUUUAAUUUGAUGAGCUAGACUAGAAUGGCAGGCUACUCAGGAAGAGGAAUCCCUCCAAACGGCUCUGUCUACAUCUGUAAUCUACCCCAGGGCACAGAUGAAAAUAUGUUGGCUGAAUAUUUUGGCACCAUUGGGGUGAUAAAGAAAGACAAGCGAACAGGUCAGCCAAAGAUUUGGCUGUAUCGUGACAAGGUAACAAAUGAGCCAAAAGGAGAUGCUACAGUUACAUAUGAGGAUCCACAUGCUGCAUCAGCUGCUGUUGAAUGGUUUAACAACAAGGAUUUUCAUGGUAACAUUAUUGGGGUUUUUAUAGCUGAAUCUAAGAGCAAAGAUGGAGGAGAUUCAAGUGAUUUUCUUAUAUUGGAGGAAAAUGCCAAGGAUUUGAAUGAGGGAAGUGGGAGAGGUAGAGCUCGAUUGGAUGCUUCAGGGAAACCAUGGCAACAAGAGGGAGAUUGGUUGUGUCCGAAUACAAGUUGUGGCAAUGUAAAUUUUGCAUUCCGUGGUGUGUGUAAUCGCUGUGGAAGUGCUCGACCAGCUGGUGCAUCUGGUGGUGGCAUGGGGGCUGCUGGCCGUGGGAGGGGUCGUGGCAGCAAUGAAUCUCCUAACCAUGCACGACAAGCUGGUACUUCUGGACUUUUUGGUCCAAAUGAUUGGCCUUGUCCCAUGUGUGGCAAUAUAAACUGGGCAAAGCGGACAAAGUGCAAUAUCUGUAACACCAAUAAACCUGGUCAUAGUGAAGGUGGUGUGAGGGGUGGAAGAGGCGGUGGCUAUAAGGAACUCGAUGAAGAAGAAAUAGAGGAAACAAAGCGACGUCGGCGGGAGGCCGAAGAAGAUGAUGGUGAGUUGUAUGAUGAGUUUGGAAAUCUCAAGAAAAAGUUUCGUGCCAAAAUGCAACAAGCUGAAGCAGGACGACCACUUCCUGGAGCUGGGCGGGCUGGCUGGGAGGUUGAGGAACUAGGUGUUGUGGACAGAAAUGGGAGAGAGAGAAGCAGAGACAGGGGAAGAGAACGGGAUAAAAAUAGAGAACGAGAUGAUAGGGAGAGGCGCCGAAGUCGAAGCAGGGAAAGGGAUAGGGGCAAGGAUCGUGGCCGUGACUAUGAUUAUGAUCGAGACCGAGACUAUGGGCGGGACAGGGAUCGUGAUCGGGACAGGAACAGGUAGUGUCACAGAAGAUUUAAAGAUAUACCAAGUUCUUGGUUUGUUUUCUCCAUGUCUGGGUGGAUGGAGUUGUUUUGGGCUGGUGGCCAACAUGGGAUUUUAUUGGAACUUAAUUAAAUUGGCAACUAUAGCCUCCUGAUUCUGGAACUAGCUUCUGCACAAUUUCUGAUAAAUAUUUUUGAAUUAUCUGUAUUCUGAUGUAGUUUCUUGUUAAUGAUUUCUUCUGUGAGGGAAA